AUGCGUCACCGUUUCCACGAAGAGACAAACUCUAACCGGAGGACGACACAUUCGCCAUACGGCCCCAUAGUCAAGAUCACCUCCAAGAAUUCCUCGAGUACCUCAACCAGCAACACCCCACUAUCAAGUUCACCAUGGAACAAGAACAAGACGGACACAUCUCCUUCUGAGAUGUCCACCGGUCCAGAAACCCAGACGGCAUCCUCAACCACCGUGUCCACCGCAAGCCUACCCUCACCGACUGGUACCUGCACCAGAGAUCUUUCCACCACCCAGCCAUCAAGACCUCAGUCGACCACACCCUCGUCUGUAGAGCCAACGAGAUCUGCGACCAGAACAACCUACGCCAAGAACUCCACCACAUCAAGUCCGCCCUCCAGAUGA